UUUAUUGAGUUUCCUGUUAGUGAAAUGAUCUGAGUGAAUUUAAGCUGGGCUUUUAUUGUGAAGGGUAGUCACCAAAAAGCCAGCGUUAUGGUGGUGUUUGUUUUUCCCUUUAGAUUUAUUCCCAGUUUAAUAUAAUGCUGUUUUCUCCAAACUCCUCUGAGUUGAUGUUGGAGCUAGGAAGGAAAUGGAACCGUUUCCCAGCCGCUGCUUUGAGUGUUCAGACUGUUGUUGUAGUUGUGUGUGGAUGUGAGGAAAACCAGAGGAGACAGCAGCUCCUGAAUAUCUCUGCUGCUGUGAUUAGUCCUGAACAGAAUCCAGAGUGAGUCCAGCAGCCCCAGUGGAGCUCUGCUGGAUUUCAGGACCAGAGAGGAAUGGAGGAGGACAACCAGAACCAGGAGCAGCGGAGCAACGAGGUCCCCAGAAGACAAGCAGCAGACUGGGACUCUGAUAGCAGCCAUGUUCAGGAGCCCUCAGCAGACGUCAAGCUGGCGACCGGAGCAGGAAAGAAGGGCAAGAAGGCCGAGGAGGAGGAGCAGCCUGCAGCAGUGAAGGAGGAGGAGGAGCAGCCUGCAGCAGUGAAGGAGGAGGAGGAGGAGGAGGAAGAGGAGCAGCCUGCAGCACCUCCUGCAGCAGUGAAGGAGGAGGAGGAAGAGGAGGAAGAGGAGGAGGAGCAGCCUGCAGCAGUGAAGGAAGAGGAGGAGGAGGAGUAUGUGGUGGAGAAGGUUUUGGACCGCAGAGUGGUGAAGGGAAGAGUAGAGUUUCUGCUGAAAUGGAAGGGGUUCUCAGAUGAGGAGAACACAUGGGAGCCACAAGACAACCUGGACUGCCCCGACCUUAUCACCGAGUACAUGCAGAAACACAAGGAGAAGGAGGAGAAAAAGAAGGAGGGCAAGAGGAAAGUUGUCCAUGAGGCCUCGGGAGACUCAGAGGAGCGAGGGAGCAAGAGGAAGGAGGAGAAACGGAGAGGAGAGGGACGCAAACGUCACCACUGUCAACACUGUGACAAAUCCUUCACAAGAUCAGGAAAUUUAAAGAUUCAUCAGAGAGUUCACACUGGAGAGAAGCCUUACAGCUGUGAUCAAUGUGGGGCAGCUUUCACACGUGGCCUAAAAAGACAUCAACGCAUUCACACUGGAGAGAAGCCGUACAGCUGUGAUCAAUGUGGGAAAACUUUUUCUCAGAGUAGUCACCUAGAAAUCCACCGACGUGUUCACACUGGAGAGAAGCCGUACUGCUGUGAUCAAUGUGGGAAAACUUUUACUCGGAGUGGUCACCUAGAAAGACACCGACGUGUUCACACUGGAGAAAAGCCGUACAGCUGUGAACAAUGUGGGAAAUCUUUUUCUCAUAGUGGUAACUUUAAAAAACACCAGCGCAUUCACACUGGAGAGAAGCCGUACUGGUGUGAACAAUGUGGGAAAUCUUUUUCUCAUAGUGGUAACCUUAAAAGACACCAGCUCAUUCACACUGCCUCGUAGUGAACAUGUUUCAGAGCCAAGCUGUUUCCUCCUGCCUCCUCCUCAUGCCCUGAUAGCUGUGUUGUUAUAUUCUGAGCUUCUCUCCACAUUGAAGGCUGACCAGCAGUAACUUUAUCUUCUGAACAGCAUGGAUGUUAUCCUGGCUACGACUACAUAUUACGCUCAAAAUUUGCUUUUUUUCCCUGUAAUACAAUAUUUUGAGUUCAGGGUUCAACUGCUAGCGCUAUUUAACUAAUGCUGCAACGAAGGAAUAUUUGUUCUUAAUUAAAUAAAUCCCAUCACUGUUUACUAUGGUAAUGUCAAAUUGCUGAAAUAUUUAGUCUAUUGUCCCUUAAGAAGAUGAAAAGAAGCAAAUCUUCAUAACUAGAAAGCUUUGUCUGCUUAAAAAAUGACUUGAACAGUUAAUGUGUUUAAACUGCGUCUGUGCCGCCGCCAUCUUGAGACAGACAGCUGAUCUUAAAGACUCAGAAAAAGAUUUUUGUACUGCUUUUUGAUGUUCAUGUAAAAGAAAUGCUAAACUAAGCAACAUGGAAUAUUAUUUCACAGAUGGAAAAGAUGUUUUACAAUAUUUAACUAUUACGAAAGCGUUGAAUUUAAUAUCACAAAAUGUAACAAUAAUCCUUCUUUUAAGCUAAAACUAAGUUAAGUGACUGUCCUGAUACUGAAAUAAGUUAAUGCUAGCUUGUGUCAGGUAAAGUAUUUGAUAUUUCAGUAAUUAGUAAUACCUCAGUAAGGUGCUGAAUAUGAUGUUUGUUAUGUAUGUUACUGAACAGUUUCUUUAAUUGUGGAUAGACCAGCUGGUUGUAUUUGGGGGGAGGUUUGUGAGCUUUUGGCUAAUUCUGGCAUUUUUAACCCAUGUAUAAACAUUUGUUUUAUUAAUUUGCUGUUUCCUCUUCUUAAAUAAACUGAAUAGAAUUGAACUUUCA